CCCGGCCGCCGCGCUCCCGGCCCGCAGCCCCGCCGCCGGCAGCCGGGGUCGGCGACCACCCCGCCGAGCGGCCACCCGGCGCCGGCCACCUCGGGCCGGGCUGGGCAUGAGCGCGGAGGGGCCGCGGCCGCCCCCCGCACCGCCCUGCGCGCCCGGACCGUGACUGGGGCGGGGCGCACGGCCGCACUGGGGCCCGGGCCCAUGGGCGCGCGGAGCCGGGCGCGGGGGCGCUGAGUGCGGCGGGCGCGGCCGGAGGAGCCAUGGACUGCAGCCGCGUGCGGACGCUCGUGCACAGAUUCUGUGCCGGAGAGGAGAACUGGGUGGACAGCAGGACCAUCUACGUGGGACACAGGGAACCCCCGCCGGGUGCUGAGGCCUACAUCCCACAGAGGUACCCCGACAACAGAAUCGUCUCCUCCAAGUACACAUUUUGGAACUUCAUACCUAAGAACUUAUUUGAACAAUUCCGAAGAAUAGCCAACUUUUAUUUCCUGAUCAUAUUUCUGGUACAGCUGAUCAUCGACACGCCCACGAGCCCCGUCACCAGUGGACUCCCCCUGUUCUUUGUCAUCACCGUCACUGCUGUCAAACAGGGCUACGAGGACUGGCUCCGCCACAAAGCCGACAACGCCAUGAACCAGUGCGCCGUCCACUUCAUCCAGCACGGCAAGCUGGUGCGCAAGCAGAGCCGGAAGCUGAGAGUUGGGGACAUUGUCAUGGUCAAGGAGGACGAGACCUUCCCCUGCGACCUGGUCUUCCUCUCCAGCAGCCGCGGAGAUGGGACGUGCCACGUGACCACCGCCAGCCUGGAUGGAGAAUCGAGUCACAAGACUCAUCAUGCUGUUCAAGACACAAAGGGAUUUCGUACUGAAGAGGACGUGGAUGGCCUGCACGCCACCAUCGAGUGCGAGCAACCCCAGCCGGACCUGUACAAGUUCGUGGGCCGCAUGAACGUCUACAACGACCUGACCGACCCCGUGGUGAGGCCAUUAGGAUCGGAAAACUUGCUUCUUCGAGGAGCCACGCUGAAGAAUACUGAGAAAAUCUUCGGUGUUGCUAUUUACACAGGCAUGGAAACCAAGAUGGCAUUAAAUUACCAGUCAAAAUCCCAGAAACGAUCAGCCGUAGAAAAGUCCAUGAAUGUGUUCCUCAUCGUGUACCUGUGCAUUCUAAUCAGCAAAGCUCUGAUAAAUACCGUCCUGAAAUACCUGUGGCAGAGCGAACCCUUCCGAGAUGAGCCAUGGUACAAUCAGAAAACCGAAUUGGAAAGACAGAGGAACCUGUUUCUCAGGGCGUUCACGGACUUCCUGGCCUUCAUGGUCCUCUUCAACUACAUCAUCCCCGUGUCCAUGUACGUCACGGUGGAGAUGCAGAAGUUCCUGGGCUCCUACUUCAUCACCUGGGAUGAGGAGAUGUUUGAUGAGGAGACCGGGGAGGGGCCGCUCGUCAACACCUCGGACUUAAAUGAAGAAUUAGGACAGGUGGAAUACAUCUUCACAGACAAAACCGGCACCCUCACGGAGAAUGACAUGCAGUUCAAGGAGUGCUGCGUCGAAGGCCACGUCUACGUGCCACACGUCAUCUGCAAUGGGCAGGUCCUCCCAGAUGCCUCUGGCAUCGACAUGAUCGACUCCUCCCCAGGUGUCAGCGGGAGGGAGCGAGAAGAGCUGUUUUUCCGAGCCCUCUGUCUGUGCCACACCAUCCAGGUGAAGGACGAAGAGGAGGCGGACGGACCCAGGAAGGCGCCGGCCUCAGGGAAACCCUGUGUGUACAUAUCCUCCUCCCCUGACGAGCUGGCCCUGGUCGAGGGCGUCCAGAGGCUUGGUUUUACAUACCUGAGGCUGAAGGACAAUCACAUGGAGAUUUUAAACCGGGACAACGACAUUGAGAGGUUUGAAUUGCUGGAAAUUCUGAGCUUUGACUCAGUAAGAAGGCGAAUGAGUGUAAUUGUCAAGUCGGCUGCAGGAGAAAUUUACCUGUUUUGCAAAGGAGCGGAUUCUUCCAUAUUUCCCCAAGUCAUAGAAGGCAAGGUUGAUCAGAUCCGAUCCAGAGUGGAGCGCAACGCCGUGGAGGGACUUCGGACCCUGUGUGUUGCCUACAAAAGGCUGGUCUGCGAGGAGUACGAAGCCGUCUGUAAACUGCUGCAGGCUGCCAAGGUGGCGCUUCAGGAUCGAGAAAAGAAAUUAGCAGAAGCCUACGAGCAGAUAGAGAAGGACCUUAUUCUGCUUGGCGCAACUGCAGUCGAGGACCGGCUCCAGGAGAAAGCCGCGGACACUAUCGAGGCCCUGCAGAAGGCCGGGAUCAAAGUCUGGGUCCUCACGGGGGACAAGAUGGAGACGGCGGCUGCCACCUGCUAUGCCUGCAAGCUUUUCCGCAGAGGCACUCAGCUGCUCGAGCUGACCACCAAGAGGAUCGAGGAGCAGAGCUUACAUGACGUCCUGUUUGAGCUGAGCAAGACCGUCCUGCACCACAGUGGGAGCCUGGCCAGGGACAGCUUCUCAGGGCUCUCAGCAGAGAUGCAGGACUAUGGCUUGAUCAUCGAUGGAGCGGCUCUGUCCUUGAUAAUGAAGCCCCGCGAAGAUGGGAGCUCCGGCAACUACCGGGAGCUCUUCCUGGAGGUGUGCAGGAACUGCAGCGCCGUGCUCUGCUGCCGGAUGGCCCCGCUGCAGAAGGCCCAGAUUGUUAAAUUAAUCAAGCUUUCAAAAGAGCGCCCCAUCACGCUGGCGAUCGGUGACGGUGCGAACGACGUCAGCAUGAUCUUGGAGGCCCACGUGGGCAUCGGUGUCAUCGGGAAGGAAGGGCGUCAGGCCGCAAGGAACAGUGACUACGCGAUCCCGAAGUUCAAGCAUUUGAAGAAGAUGCUGCUUGUUCACGGGCAUCUUUACUACAUUAGGAUAUCUGAGCUCGUGCAGUAUUUCUUUUAUAAGAACGUCUGCUUCAUUUUCCCUCAGUUUUUAUACCAGUUCUUCUGUGGCUUUUCACAACAAACCUUGUACGACACCGCCUACCUGACGCUGUACAACAUCAGCUUCACGUCCCUGCCGAUCCUCCUGUACAGCCUCACGGAGCAGCACGUCAGCAUAGACACGCUCAGGAGAGACCCUUCCCUCUACAGAGACAUCGCCAAGAACGCUCUGCUCCGCUGGCGAGUGUUCCUUUACUGGACGUCCUUAGGCGUGUUCGAUGCCCUGGUGUUUUUCUUCGGGACUUACCUUAUGUUUGAGAACACGACGGUGACCAGCAAGGGGCAGAUAUUCGGGAACUGGACCUUCGGCACGCUGGUGUUCACGGUGAUGGUGUUCACGGUCACGCUGAAGCUGGCACUGGACACCCACUACUGGACAUGGAUAAACCAUUUCGUCAUCUGGGGGUCCCUGCUGUUCUACAUUGUCUUUUCACUCCUCUGGGGAGGAAUAAUCUGGCCGAUCCUCAAUUAUCAAAGGAUGUACUACGUGUUCAUGCAGAUGUUGUCCAGUGGCCCCGCCUGGCUGGCCAUCAUCCUGCUCAUCACCACCAGCCUCCUCCCUGAUGUUCUCAAGAAAGUCCUGUGCAGACAGCUGUGGCCCAGUGCCACCGAGAGGGUCCAGAAGAGCGCGAGACUCAAAGCAUCAUCGGUCAAGGCCACGCCCAGCACGGACAGGCCACUUCUGAAGGACCUCUUUCGGCCGAGGCGCGAUUAGCAGCAGGUUAGGUAACGGCGUCCACCGUGCCGCCUGGCAGGUUCCCGGGUGUGCUCUGAUCCUUCCAAACUGUUUUUCCUCCAAAGUUUUGCUGUGCUGUGCCAUUUUUCAGAACAGUGGCUCACAAUAAGAAAAAUGCCUUUUACACACAAGGGUAUUUCUGCCCCAGGUAAGUGACCUGCUGAGCAGGCUGGGCUGCAUGUGGUGGAGUGCUGUGUGCACGGGCGCAGGCACACGUCCCCACAUGGGUGCGUGCCCGUGGUGCCGCCUGCCCCGGGUGCUCCAUCUGCCUGAACAAACCUCCUCCGUCUUCCUGGGUGUGGAAGUGGCUUCAUCCUAAGGGCCUGUCAGGAAAGACCGUGUUUUGAAAUAAACAAUGGAAUGGUGCACGACUUGCCCUGAGGCUCAGCCAGGCCAGCAGCUGGAGUGUGCCACUGCGUCCCUGAGGCCGCCUCACGGGAUCCCCAGCUCGGUUUCCAGGGGGACAAGCGCUCCCGGGAUGUUUUUUCCUUUGGCGUAGGCUCCUCCUGUGCUGCGGGCCAUUCUCCUCCCUGCCCGUCAGGCUUAGCAAGUCUGGGACACAUCGCCGGCCUCCUCGGGCUGGGAUGAACCCCCACAGACCAUGUUGGCCUGCGCACAGGGAGAACCGGGGGCCUGGCACGCCAGGUCGGCACAGCGUGGCCCCGGCCUCGGGGUGGUCUCCCACUCCUGCAUUAAAGGAAUCAGACUUGGUCCCUGGGCCUCUGGGAGGGAGGCCUGUGCAUUUGCACACCUCGUCGGUAGCCUUGCAAUGGAGCCGGCGGGACAGCCCUCCCACCAGGACACACUUAACACUCUGCAUUCACUGUGGUUGUGGCUCAGAUGACGGGCACGUGCUGACCCUUGCCCAGAACGGUGGCUGGAAACCUGGGGAGCCGAGUCUGGGCCCCACAGCGGUGUCAGAGCAGUGCCGCAGGCUCCUGGGGAGGGUCCCGGGCCAGCUGCAUUCUCUGCUGUCUGACAGGCCCCAUGCACGGGGUGCAAGGACCACCUCUCAAAGCCCACCCCUCUUGCCUCUGCAGAGCCCCUGCCCCUCAGCCGCAUGGCGGGGCUCCCACUCGAAACAGGUGAUGUUGACAUACUGGGACAGCGAGGAGCAGCCAGCCCUCCCUGCCAUCACUGGCCCCUCAAGCCACCUGCACCCUUCCAGCUGGAGACCCUGCU